GCCGACUCAUCAGCGAAUUUCAAACUCUUCAAACACCCCCUUUCGACAAUGGCAACCAUACGCCUACCACUCCUAAUCCGCCGCUCCCUUCCAACCAGGGCACCUGCGAGAUUCACUAGACCCUUAAUACCGUGCGUACGAACGUUGGCAACAACAAAGCACCCAAGGGGAUUCGUGCCUCCGACCGAAGAUGAUUUGCUGGAGCUACGAGAGAGCGUUCAGGAAUUUACAAAACGUGAGAUUCCUGAGGAAGUCGCGGCGCGAACAGAUGCUCAAAAUGAAUUCCCUGCUGAGAUGUGGAAGAAACUGGGCAAUGCUGGCUUCCUUGGUGUCACCGCGGAUGAAGAGUACGGAGGGCUUGGAAUGGGCUACCAAGCCCAUUGCGUUGUUAUGGAGGAGAUUAGCCGUGCUUCAGGUAGCAUUGCCCUUUCGUACGCAGCACACUCACAGCUAUGCGUGAACCAACUCUCCUUAAACGGCACGCCAGAGCAGAAAGCGCGUUUUCUUCCUGGCCUUCUAUCAGGCGAGAAGAUCGGUGCGUUGGCUAUGUCCGAGCACUCGGCCGGUUCCGACGUCGUCAGUAUGAAGACAAGCGCCAAAGAAGUCGAUGGCGGCUGGGUUCUUAACGGGACCAAGAUGUGGAUUACAAAUGGCCCUGACGCAGAUUACAUUGUCGUCUAUGCCAAAACCGAGCCCGAGAAAGGUUCCAAGGGGAUAACAGCGUUCGUUGUAGAGAAGACAUUCAAGGGCUUUUCAUGCGCCCGCAAAUUGGAUAAACUGGGGAUGCGGGGCUCAAAUACCGGAGAGCUCAUCUUCGAGGACGUCUUCGUGCCAAGAGAGAACUUGCUAGGCGAAGUAAACCGCGGCGUCAAGGUCCUGAUGGAGGGUCUUGAUUUGGAGCGGCUUGUUCUCAGUGCUGGUCCGCUUGGGAUCAUGCAAGCCGCCCUUGAUCUCGUUCUCCCGUACACCCACGUUCGCAAACAAUUCGGAGCCCCAAUUGCUCAUAACCAGCUCAUCCAGGGGAAGCUCGCGGAUAUGCAUACCAAGCUUGCUGCGUCCCGCGCCUAUACCUACGCGACGGCCCGCCACAUCGACAGCCAUGCCUCCCUGGGAUCAGCAGCCAUUCGCACUCAGGACUGCGCCGGUGCGAUUCUCUACGCAGCCGAGAGGGCUACCGAAUGUGCUCUGGAUGCGAUCCAGCUCAUGGGCGGGAACGGAUAUAUCAACGAGAUCCCUGCAGGGAGGCUACUCCGGGAUGCAAAGUUGUAUGAGAUUGGAGCCGGGACGAGCGAGAUUAGACGCAUGGUGAUUGGGCGUGCUUUUAACAAGGAGUAUGCUCAAUGA